CUUUUAUAGCUUACCUGACGCGGAAGCGCGAAAGUCAAAAAUGGAAGAAGGGGAUCGCGAAGCUGGAUGUAGCGAUGCGGCAGAUACCGUCAGCUGUAAAACUACCGAUUCAAGUGAAAACAGACCUGAUCCACAGCCAGAAGGUCGUCACAUGAUUCACUUACGUCAGGCUCUCGAGAAGACUGUAAAAAAGUGUCUGUCUUCAGUGAGGUACACUGCAUUCAAGGAACAUUUCCGACCUCUUUAUGACCACAACUCUAAAGCUCUGAGAGGCAUCCGGGAUCAGAUGGUUCAGCAGCUGGAUUCAAACAUCUUUGAUGAAAUCGCCAACAUGUUUGAGGAAGAGAACAUUCUGCCUCUGAUGAAUGGCCUGGAAGAGCUGGUGGAGUACCCAGACACAGCUUGGAGACCAACUGGAGACCCGAAUGUCGAUGUCCGUGCCCACAUCCUGCCGGGGCACAUGAAGCACCGGGAGCAGUUGGCGGCCAUGUUGAAAGAACUUGAGUCCCGGAACCGGAUGUUGCAGGAGACUGUCCGGGCGCGUCAGGAGAAGCUGUAUGCUACACGGGAACAAGUUGAGCAGAUCUGUGGUGUGUGGCAGAAGGCUGAGGAAGCACUAUCUACGGAGACUGUUGCCGCACUGGAGGACUUUGUGAAGCUAUAUUCCUGAUUACUGUGACGUUGGUUUGUUCUAUCUACAUCAAGAAGUCCACACCACUUCCUGGACCAGGAUGAACUCUCGAACUAGUGCAAGUGUUAUGAUGGAGUAAACAAACUGACCAACAUUAAAAACAGGCCAGCAUGGAUGACAAACACUGAUGUCAUUCCACGGGAAGACUAGGGGCCUUUUGGCUGAACAUGCUGACAUUUGUAGGACUGAGUCACCUCCCUUACUUGACAGGAUGUGCUGAUAUUGGGUUUCAGCAUGUUCAAUGUCAGAUUCACCUGAUUAUGCUCUUAGAUCAGUGUCAUGUUGGUGGUGAUUUCAAGGCAGUGGUAAUCAUACACGCCAUGCAUCUCUUUCCCUGAAAUCAAGGCUUCUGUUUGUUAAUUGGUUGGUUAUUGUACAUAUUUGUUUCAAAACUGUCGGGUAAUUGGUUGGAAGAAUAAUAAAAAUAUCACUU